AUGCCUUCAAAAGUGCGCUGGACGGCUGAGAAUGACCAGAUACUCCUCGCAAAGAUGAUCGAGGCACAUGAUUUCAGUGUCGAUACCGCAAAGAUGGCUACUCUGUGGCCGGGAGAUGAGGAGUCACGACCAACUGCCAGGGCUAUUAAAGAAAGAAUAGCCAAGAUCAAGGAGAUCUCAAAGGCAUCAUCCGCGAAUGGCCCGGCAGGACCCUCGACCCCAGCUAAGCGUCCACGCAACAAGGUCGCCAAGACCCCCAAGACCCCCAAGGAAUCGACCCCGGCUGGAAAGAGCCGAAAGAAAAAGGGCGAGGCUUCCGUCAAAGUCGAGUCUCCUAUCAAGGUCGAAUCUACAGACGAGGAUGGAGAGAUUCCUGAGGCCAGUGUCAAAGCAGAGGAGGACCCCGUCAAAACCGAAGAGGCCGAGAUAGACGAGAGCGACCCCGAAGUCGUGGAAGAUCCUGGUACCUGGUCGGAUCUUGAUGUUGAGAUCUAA